AUGAAUAUUGCACAUUCAACUGAAAUGAUUGAAGAUUUGAAAAGAUCAGAUCGUCCAAGAAUUUUAACACAAGAGAAAGAAGAAAGAAUAAUUGAAUUGAUUAAUUCUGGAGAAUGUGAAACAGCAACUGAAGUUCAUUCAACAAUUUUAACACAAGAGAAAGAAGAAAGAAUAAUUGAAUUAAUUAAUUCUGGAGAAUGUGAAACAGCAACUGAAAUUGCAAAAAUGAGACUUCGUAGUUUUGAUUUCUAG